AUGAGGAGCAACAUGACUCUUCGUACAGACCCUCCAGAGCAUUUCCUGCUGCAGUGAAAGCAGGAGUGUCACUACACGAGUGGCACUCAGCCGGUGAGGUACCUGGACAGGUUCAUCUGGGACUGGCAGGAGAUCUGUUCCUGUGACAGUGAGGUGGGUUUCUACACGGCCCGCAUAGAGCUGAGACGGGCAAUUGCUGAGUAUUGGAACAGGCUGCAGUGGCUUAGCUACUGGUGGGCUUCAAGGGAGAAAUACUGCAGCUAUAACUGGAGGAGGACUCAGAGUGUGAUGGACAGGAGAAUUAAACUCAGAGUAAAAAUUUCUCCCAUGCAAACGGACCUGUGGGGCUAUCCCAACUAGCUGGUUUGUUCUGUAACAAGGUUUUCUUCUUCCGAAAUUAAGAUCAAGUGGUUCAAAAAUGGGCAGGAGGAGAUGGACAAAGUUGUGUAUGAGGACCUCCUCCUAAAUGGAGAUUAGUCUUUCCAGAUCCUGGUCACUUUGGAAGUCACACCGAAGCAAGGGGUUGUCUAUGCUUGCCAGGCGGAGCAUGUCAGCCUGCCAGUGCCCGUCACUGUGGUCUGGGAAACAAGCUCUGGAUCUGCUGUGAGCAAGAAGGUGACUGGAACACUGGGCUUUGUGCUGGGCUUAGACUUCAUCGUGGUGGGACUCAUCAUCUAUCAGAAGAAAAAGAAAGGUGAAUUAUUCAUGAGCUAA